AAAAAGAGGUUCAAAAUUAAAGUCAAAUUUUACCGGAAAAAUGGAAGAUCCCAAGGUUGAUGAAAAGCUCAAAACGAUCCGAGAGGGCACUGCAGAAAUUCUGGUAGCAGAGCACGUUUUCUACAAUCCUGUUCAGGAGUUUAAUCGCGAUUUGAGUAUCAGCGUUCUGUCGACUUUUUCGCGGAUUUUUCAACGAGAGAAGACCGAAGCUCGCCGGAAGAAAGCCAAAGAGGGUGAUCCUCCGGUGGAGGAAGUUCAUAUUGCUCCCGGCGAGAAAUGUAAGGAAGGACUUCGAAUCUUGGAAGCUCUUUCGGCAACGGGACUCCGUAGCGUCCGGUACGCGAACGAAGUUCCUGGAGUGAAGGAAAUUAUAGCGAACGACCUGUCCAAAUCGGCUGUAGAGUCGAUCGAGAACAACGUCAAGCACAAUAAGCUGGAACAUCUAAUAACUCCCAGCUACAAUGAUGCCAUGACCCUUAUGUACACGUCAACCCAUCCGGACAAGCGAUUCACAGCUAUCGACUUGGAUCCAUACGGUCACCCGACACGCUUUCUCGAUGGAGCCGUUCAAUCAAUCGAAGACGGUGGACUGCUGCUUAUCACGGCCACGGACAUGGCCGUUCUAGCGGGAAAUUCUCCGGAAGCGUGCUACGUAAAAUACGGUUCCGUCCCUUUGAAAACUAAGGCCUGUCAUGAAAUGGCUCUCCGGAUUUUGCUACGAUGCAUUGAAACAACCGCCACUCGGUACGGUCGUUACAUGGUUCCUCUGUUGAGUAUUUCGGCGGACUUCUAUAUUCGAGUGUUUGUCAGAAUAUUCACCGGUCAGUACGCUUGCAAGAAGAGCAGCAGCAAGCAAUCGAUGGUUUUCCAGUGUACUGGCUGUGAAUCGUUUACGCUUCAACCUCUAGGGAUAUUGAGGCCCAAUCCGACCGAGCAAAAUCCGAACCAAAUUAAGUUCGGAACUCCGACGGGCCCAUUCGUGUCCAGCAGAUGCGUACAUUGCAAUCAUCAGCAUCAUAUGGGUGGACCCAUCUGGUCGGCACCGCUCUACGAUGAAGAUUUCCUCAAGGAGCUGCUUCGAACGGUUGAAAUGGAGCAGUUCAAGAAGCUCAACACUAUACGACGGAUCUACGGCACCUUAUCCGUCAUACGGGAAGAACUGCAUGACAUCCCACUGUACUACACGUUGGAUCGUCUGUGCGGCAUUCUCAAACUCGAAUCUGUUCCGAUGAUGAAGCUUCGAUCCGCUCUGCUUCACGAAAGUUAUCGUGUUUCCUAUUCUCACGCAUCAAAGACUUCCAUCAAAACCAACGCCCCGGUUUCGGUUCUUUGGGACAUUCUUCGGUUUUGGCAGAAGAGCCAUCCGGUCAAGAAGGAACGGCUAAUAGAAGGCACUCCGAUCGCGGCUAUUCUCGCCAAAGAACCGACGAAGGAAUACCGUCUGCAUGACAUCCACCCUGAUGCCAAUCCUCCGAGUCGGAAAGAAUCGCUCAGUCGAUUCCCGGAAAACCCCGCCGCCCACUGGGGACCCGGAACGCGUGCUACUUUGAUGGUCAGCGAUAAUAAAAUGACAAAAAGCCUUAGAAAUCAGAACAAACGGCGCAAGGACCAGAAUGACGACGGUGGCAAAAAGCAUCAGCGGGAGUCCAUGGAAGGAGAAUCGCCUGAACGAAAGCACCUGAAAGCGGAUCAAGGAAACGGUGCCAAGGACGAAGGGAAGGAGGUGACCGAGGAGAUGCCGACUGUUUGUGAAUGAAUCACGUUGCAUUUUAGGACAUGCGCGCGCCAAAAUCCGCGAGACGGUAAAAUAUCGAUCAAAUAUUCAUUGGCAUUUUGUGUCACGCAAUGUUUAUCCCCGUUGCUCGCCACGGCCGUUUUGACACAUUCUGUUACACUACUCGCACUGAACAAGCAGUGAGAUUUUCCUUCUUAAAACUUACAUUACGAAUU